UAAACAUCAUAAAUAACCAGUUGAAUAUAAAUGCCUUUAAAAUACAUCUACCUAUUUCAUUUAAACACAUACGAAACGUGUCCCUGGCAUUUAACCCAUUCCUUUUCUUCUGAAAAGAAAUGUAAUCAAUACAGCACAGCCAGUUUUACACCAGAGUUGUCCCCCAGUACUUAUCAAUCAUUUUGUUUGCUGUUUUGAAUUUCUUAUCAAUAUAAACUUUUCAUGCAAUUAUUUAUUCUAUGAUAAAAUAACCCUGUUCAGUAAAGUCUCAGCGUACAAAUUACAACGACAUAAAAAGGAAACACAAGAGAUUUGUUUAAUUAAGGCGGAUAUAUAGUAGCUUAUGUGUUAUACAUUAUAAUUUCAGAAUUUUGAUGUGAAAGAAAAUGAAUCAGGCGACGUACAGCUUACCAAAUACUACCUCUAACACAACGACGCCAUGGCCAACAACAACACGUGCUAGCACGACAGAAGGCUUCCUGAGUACCAAUGACGGCAAGGCUAUCCUGGCUCUUCUGGUCACCAUUCUAACGUUACUGAUACUGGUUCCAGUGAUCGUGUUUCUACUUAUGAGGAAGAUCUGCACAAUGCAAGAAGAAAAGACUGAUAAACGGAGUGACCAGCCUGAUAACGAUAAUAACAAAGAAACACAGACGGAUGUUUUAGGUUUGGAACUACAGGAGUUUUAUCAGCGCCGAAGGCCAACUGAUAUGUCAAAAUACAUGGGCAAAAAGUUAAUUGAGGUUGAGGAACCCCCACGAUGGCACCAGUUUAACCCAAAGGAAUGGAAUGAUCCGUGGACAUCAAAGUAUGCAGGAAAAGAAACAAACUAUAUCGGGAAAGUUUGGUGAAGCAGGAUUCACAUAUUCCACUACCUUUGAUGUUUCCUAUGUUGUGUUGUUUAUAAACACGGUUCUAAACAGACAAACAAGCAUUUGUGGAUUCAAAUACUGUUGAGAUCAGCAAAUAGAGCGGUGGUCCUUUCCACUCUACCUGUACCCUUUCUUCUAGGCCUAACUAUAUAGUUAGAAAAUUUCUAAUAAAAAUUAAGAAAAUCCCCGAGCAUCUCUGGGACAUAUUUCACAAAAUAUAAUAAGUUACAUCUUAAGUUUGCACUUUUAAAUCAUAUCUACUCAUAUGAAAUGACUUGUACCACUUUAAAACUAUAAAAGGGUGUAUUUAAUUGAAUUGUAUGACAGAUCUACUAACUUUUUCUUUGUCUCAUUUUCAAAGAAUAGGGGAAUAGUUAAAAUGAAUCUGAUUAAAAUGAUGUUCCUGACACACCUUACUCUGAAGUUCUAACUUUUUCCUAAGAAGGUUUCAAGAAACAGGCCCCUGGUUUAAGUUUCUUUAAUACGACCUAGAUGUAUCAGAAAAACUGGACUUUUACAUUAUAGCCAUUGAACCAUGUACCGCCAAGUGCUAUCAACCAUUUUUUUUUCUUUAGAUAAAACAUAUCAGUACAAAUUGCCUGUUAGAAUACGAGUUAUAUGACCCUGUGCAGUGCCCGCGCCUUUAAUAUCUGGAGCAAUGUAAUUGGUCCAGUCGCUAAGGCGACUAUAUCUCAGACUAGCUGACAAACUAUGUAGAAUGUCCUUUGUUAAAACUGGUGAGACAAUACAUCUAUUAUAUAUAUUUUUUUCACUGGCUACCUCGCCUCAAUGAUUCGUGUACCAAUGAUUCGUAAAGUAAAUGAUUUCAGUUUCGAGCUAGAUAAUGGAAACAUUUAGAUAUUAAAUUUCAUUCGUUUUGUUUUGAAUUUGCCUUCAAUAAAACGACGGCUAAACAAUGAGAGUUAAAGAACGACUUUUCUGGAGAAACGAAUAUGCAGAUUCUCUAUUGUUUGAAUUCCCUUAUU